AUGGCCGCAAACACCAAGCACCCCUAUGCGGCUUUGCUCGAAACACCGCACCCCUUUGCCUACACAGACUGGGUGGUCAACAUUCCUGUCCCACAGAUACCACGGGAUGUGCCCUAUGGAAACUGCAUGAACUCGACCAGAGCCGGCAGAAACCGCUGCUUCUAUGAAUUUCUCGUGCACCCGUCGCAGUACAGUCAGAAGCGCCCAUCUCAGAUCAGAGUGACUGGGCUUUACGCGUUCUACCAGGUGAAAGACUGGCCAGGAGCCUUUGCACAGCUGGAAUGGACCUCGUUCGUCUUUGCCAAUAUCGAGUACGACAACAUGAUCAGAAUUCAUGGGGCGGGAAUCAAUCUCAUGUUGCCAAUCCUCCCAAUGACAGCUUUGCCUAUUUUUCAAGCAAUGAAGAAAGAUCAAGACCAGGUAUUGGCAAGAAUAUGUUCCGAGCAAGGCAAAACCGUAGGCGAGGUGAUCGAAGGACAGAUGUGUCUAUACGCCAACGGGGGAUUGUCAGCACGAGGCCCUCUACACCGACUCUCUGAGCACGAUCCAGCACUCCAAGUUUCCCAAGCCGCGACGCAACGAUUGUCGAACAUACUAGAGCUUCCUGUCCCAAACCCUUCGCAAGGGACACCGGAUCCGGAACCAAUCAGUGAAGAAACUCUGAAAACGAAUGCUGAACCCAGCACCGGCAUAGAAGACGCAGGCGCCGAAGUCGAGCAAGUCCUACCAGAUCCAGAUCCCAACAUUGAACAGUCUGCUCCGGAGCCUGAACUUGAGCCUACGCCUUCAUCUUCUGCUUCUACAGGGCUAGACGCCGAUAUCGAUCUCUCUGAGUCUCCCAACAAGUGGACCGUAGAGGAAGUCGUGGCCGACAAAGCCAAAUUCGAACACGCCCUCAAGAUGCACAGCGAAUGGGUUCGAAAGGCCACGUACAAAAUGCAGAUCUACAUGAUGCGCCACUUAUGUCGAUCUGCCCAGAUGCAAACUGCCCCCUGGGACGACUGCUGGAACGAGGCGCGACGACUGAUCUUGGCGCAAGCCGAUGCGCAUCUGCAGAACUGGCAUGAGAAGUACCCGCAAUUCGCUGCUAUGCAAACACUUUCUACGGGACCCUGGUUGGAGAAACAGCUCAAAUGUCUUUUGACCUCUGUCGCGGCUCACCAUUCAAUCCCGCAGGACUUGUCGCCAGAGGUGCAGGCGCAAUGGCGCAGAAAACACUACUUGAUCGCGACGGGCAAGCAGCGCCAGCUUUUACAGUUGUGGGCUAAGAAGGUCAAGAACUUGGCGGAAGCUCAAACUGGUUUGAGGUAUCGGUACGAGAAGGACUUUGUCUGGGAUCUCUGGACCGGAAAGUUGGAGCGUAGAGGGGCUGCGCAAGCAGAUGGUGAUCGAAUGGAUGUGGAUUGA